UCCUAUUUUAGGGCAUUAAGGCUAUACCCCAUUUGGGGAUAUCAUAUGAAUCAUAAUACCCUUUCCAAUGCUUCCUACUUUUAUUGUCACUGCAAUCAUCCGACCAAAUAUAUAAAGUAAUUGCUUGUUAUUAUAAAAAGUUUGUUUUAAUUGUUACACUUAAGAAAAGAGUAGCCAAAGAGUAAAACUUUUGAAUACAAACUUUUUUUUGAGUACAACUAUGUGUCCGCCGUUAACUCGUUUUGAUUCCAUGAAUGUGGCCAACAAUUUCCCGAUGGUUUCACCGAUUGAUAAUUAUUGCAAUCCAAAGACAGAUGAUGCGGUCAUUAUAAGUGCCACAAUAAAUGCUCAAAAUUGGUCUCAUUUGCCACUCAAGAAGAGACCAAUCAAAGAGAAUAACUGUGAAAACAAUUUUAUGCCAAACUAUAAGCCCUACAAAUGCUUUGAAUGCGGAAAACAGUUCUUUAAUGGAGUCAGAUAUCGGGCACAUCUUCGCCGACACGAAAGUAAACGAAGCGGUCGUUACAUGUGUUGCAUCUGUCGCAAGACGUUUGUCCAAAGAUCGAGUCUGACCACACAUUUGCGGAUACAUACGGGAGAGAAACCAUUUGACUGUACCGUAUGUUUUGAAAGAUUUGGCGACUUUUCCACUUAUACUAAGCAUAAGCGCAUCCAUUCCGGAGAAAAGCCUUAUUCGUGUCCCAUAUGUAACCGUUCAUUCUCUCAAAGUGGAAAUAUGCACAGACAUCUCAAAGCACUACAUCAACCAGAAACUACCAUUCCUUUACCAUAUCUAUUGUGA